AGGGAGAGGAAGGCCUCACCCACAUACUCAAAUUCGCCAUAUACAUAGAAGACAUAGAAGAGGCGCGAAAUACAUGGAAACAAAAAAAGGUAAAAGAAGCGGAGCAGUGGGAUGUCGAAGCCGGCACCAAGAGAGCGAGAGCAAACAAUGCAAGAAAUGGUUGGUUAGUCACUUGGUCGGUCGUACCGACGGAGUCGCGCGUCUCUUCAGUCUUCAGUGUUCCGUGUGCAGUGAACCGCCAGCGAGUACCGAAAGUUGAACGCCCUUACGGCUAGGAAGUACUUACUCCUCGCCGCUAUUCAAGGCUAAUAAUAAAAGACGAUGAUUACGAACUGAAAUAUUAAACCAGUAUAAAUAUACAUAUAUGUCUCCACUAAUUUCCUUUGCGAGGAAAUCAACGUACGAUGAUGAUGAUGGACUGUUUUUGUACCGAUCAGUCGCCGGUGCACUGCAAAGUGAUCUUCCUGGAUGAAACCGAGUUGGUGCACGAGCUGCAACGUAACAGUACCGGGCAGGUGCUGCUCGACCUGGUUUUCAAGCAUCUAAACCUGCUGGAAACCGCCUAUUUCGGUUUGAGGUUCCUGGAUCAGAACGGGCAGCCCCACUGGCUGAAUCCGGCCAAGAAACUGAACAAACAAAUCAAGGGAUCCGAUCCGUACACCUUGUACUUCGGGGUUAAGUUUUAUGCCGCCGAUCCUUGUAAACUACUGGAGGAAAUUACUCGGUAUCAGUUUUUUUUGCAAAUUAAGCAAGAUAUACUUCAAGGGAGAUUAUUGGUCCCAUUCGAACUAGCAGCCGAAUUGGGUUCGUUUAUUCUUCAAUCGGAAUUGGGCGAUUAUGAUCCGAGACGGCACGGAUACGGUUACGUGUCGGAAUUCCGAUUCCUGCCCAAUCAAAGUGUCGAACUAGAAAUGAGAAUCGCCGAACUGCACCAGACCUUAACCGGGCAAAUGCCCGCCCAAGCUGAGCUCAGUUUCCUCGACAAAGUAAAGUGGCUCGAGAUGUACGGGGUCGAUUUGCAUCCCGUGUUAGGCGAGGAUCAUGUGGAAUACUUCCUGGGACUCACCCCGAGCGGCAUAAUCGUCCUGAGGAACAAGAACACCGUGGGGAAUUACUAUUGGCCGAGGAUCACGAAGAUUUACUUUAAAGGGCGAUACUUUAUGCUGAGAGUUGCCGGGAAAAAUAACGACGAGUGCACCUACGGGUUUGAGACCCCGUCGAAGUCGGCGUGUAAGCAUUUGUGGAAAUGCUGCGUGGAACACCAUGCGUUCUUUCGAUUGGUGCAGGUCACCCCGACCUCUCCCGAUAUAUUUGCCUUGGGUUCUAGGUUCAGGUACAGCGGAAGAACCGAAAAGCAAGCAGUCCGCGACGCUCAACUGAAACUCCGCCAACCACCGUCCUUCUCCAGAAACCCAUCGAAAAGAUACCAAAGACGCCUGAACGUUACAAACAACGAGCCAACGCCACCCCCUCAACCGAUUCAACACCAUCAACCACCCCCGUACCACCAAAACCAAGAGAUCAAAUACAUCUCGCUUCCGCUACCGGCAGAUAACUUUGACAAUGCCGGUAACAGCAACACCCUUAAAAGUACCGCGAGCAGUAAGAAAUUCGAUUCCCCGAGGAGUACCAGGAGCGCCCCGUGGUCCCAACCGCAUUCCAAGGGUUUGUACAAUUCCUCGAUACCCAGUCCGAGGUCGGUGAGGUCGGCGAGCAGGUACAGGUCGUCCUCCGUGGACAGUCAGAGUUCGAACGAUUCGAGGUCGUGCAAGAGGAGGAAACAUCGCAGUCGGACGUCGGAUAACGAGAGCGAGCUAUCGAAGAGUUCGAGCAGGUCGAGGCGGAAACAUAGAAAACGCAGAUCAAAAAGUCGAAGAGAAUCAGAAUCGGAACAAGACUCGCGAACCAGAGAACGGCGACGCAGCAGCAAAUCGGAAAAAUACUACGAAAUGAUCGAUUCGGGGGUGCAAUGGCAAGAAGCCCAAAUGAAAAACAACAGAGACAGCAACUCGAACAACAUCCAGCAAGCCACUGUAAUCAGUAGCGCCAAUAAUAAAUCCCAAAAAUCCGGUGCUUCAGAUUAUGCGUCAAGCAACCGGCAAAGUAAACACAGGAAACACCGAUCGCGCUCCAGAUCUCCCGCGGAUCAUCACAAAUCCUGGAUUCCCGACGAACUGAAGCGACAUCUCGAGUUCGAUUUGAUCGACACGGCUGGAAUGAGCGACCUGCAACUAAGAGAAAUCCCUUACACUAGCGUGAAGACGAACUACUCCAAGCAUGUGAAGCUAAAAAAUCUGGCAACGAAAAAGGACGAGUGUCCGGUGGUGCCGAAGCUUCAUCACGUCAACGGGGGUCCGCUGUAUAAUACCAAAGCGCUCAUCGAAGAGGCUUUAACCAAUUUUAGUUAUCCGGACUCCAUCGAGGGGCCACACUGUUACCCCAAUAGUUCAAGUCAAAAUCCCCAAGCCCAGUCGAAUAGUUACGCUGCUUCUGGUUUGGAGCACUUUCAUAAUUUCCAGAAGGGACACCAUGAACAUUCCGAUUCGGGAUUGGGUGUUGAACGAUAAGAAUUAUAUUAUGUUUGUAUUUAUAUGUAUAUAGGUAACCAAAAAAAUGAAGUUUAUAAAGGCACGUUUUGUACAAAUAACGAACAGGAAUAAAAUAUACAUAUUUUU